AUGCCAAGCAUCUGGUACCAUCUUGCGGCUCAGGGGGGUAUGCUCUUACACUUCACUGAUUUGACCUCCAAGUUUUGGGCCCAUCUCUUCGUAGUUGGUGAGAAUUCGAAAGCGCUCUCGUUGGUGCGGAAAGUGCCUCACGCCCCCCCACGUGGACUUUCUAAGACUGGUAAAGUCCUGUGUCCCACCGGCACUGGUGAACAGGAGUAUGGAUAUAUACAAGCCGAUGGGAACCCUACGACGGCGCCCACUUUCUUAUUCAUUAACGGUGGCCCCGGUUUAAGCAGCAUGACAUAUACGCUGGAGAUGAAUGGGCCAUGCCUUAUGUCUCCGACUUCCAAUCGCCUGGUCACGAACACGAUGCCUUUAGCAAAGCACUUCCACGAGAAGAAAAGCACUGGGAGGCUGUCUGAUUAA